UUCACAUUAUUUUUGUUUUAUCCUCAUUCCUACGAUAAUCAUGUUGCGAGUAUUAGCUGUGUCUUCUUUGAUCGUGUUGGGUGCGGCGCAGGGGUCUAGCAAUGUCGCCCAGUGCGUAAGAAACGAAGGUGAACUUCCUCUGUCUACAUUCGUCAGGGGGUGUCAGGGAUCGCCAUGCUUGCUGCCGCAAAAUGAAGAGUUGGUUAUUGACAUGGUUUUCAAAGCUCCAAGACUGAUUACUGAAAUGAGGACUCUGGCGACCGUGUUUAUGGGAAUUUUGCCAAUUAUUUUCCCUUUAGAAGAGAAUAGUGUAACCUGCAAUUUUCUUACCAACACCUACUGUCCUAUCGUUGAAGACACAAUCGUACAUUAUAUAUUGAGGUUGCCUAUCAGCGCAGUAUUCCCUAUUGGUACGUCGGUGAUAGUGGAGUUCCAUGUGGUAGACCUUACAACAAGCCCGAAUCAACCGCUGCUUUGUAUUAGAGUACCAGUCAGUAUAGUUCCUCCGAACAACAAUUUAUACCCAACCACCAGGGGUAUAUUGGAAAAAGGAGGGUUAUGGGCAUCAGAUAACAAUACUCUCAUAGAGCAGUGAAGGCACAAACAUAAUUAAUUACUUAUUUAACAUUUUGACAGUCCCCAUAUCGUAAAAACCGACAGAGGGAUUGUGUCCUCUAACAUGAUGGACUGAUGUUAUGGGCGAUAGGCUGAUCCCUUAUCACCAUAAGUCCAACUUACGACAUCGUAUCAACAGUGGCUGCAAGUUGUCUGUGAUUACUUGUGGCUCUGCCAACCCCAUUAGGGAUUACGGGCGUGAGUUUAUGUAUGUAUGUUUGACAGUCCCCAUACAAAAUGUUUUGACUUCCUUGUAAGUCCCGUAUAUUACUUCAAUUUUUAUACGUCCUGGUAAAAACGAAAAAAAAUAUAUACUUAGGUAUUCUAAACACUUCACAAUACCUAUUGAGUGUAAUAGGAAUUAACCUUAUCUCUUACUAAGUAUCAUGAAAAAAAUGGAACUUUCAAGAGCCGCAUCAGGUGGACAGUAGCAUACAUCAAAGUUACCCGGGAUCCAAGUGGAGCACCCGCCCUUAGUGCGUACCUGGUAUUUUCUUAGUGACCCAUAUAUGGGCCACGGGCGUAUGGAACUAGUCCCUCAAGACCCGUAUAUGGAUCACUGGACUGUCAACGUGUUAAUUCGAAGAUCAUCCGACAUUACAGAGAACAGACAAUACUGUGUUAUGAAAUAAAAAACCUAUAUCUUUAA